CAGGGCUCACAACUGUCUGCUGCGCCCGGAAAACAAGCCGAGGCUCUGGGGACCCGGGGCUCAGGCCGCCUCGCUCUGGCCUAGCCCCUCCACCUUAGUUGUAUCAUCCCCCGGGCAUGCUGAGCAUCCCCCCGCGGCUCCUGCACAGACGCGCGGGCCUCAGGUCUCUGCCUCCGCGCGGGGGCCCGGCCGUGUGGCCGGAGGGAGCGGCCGGAUGGAGCGGAGGAUGAAAGGCGGAUACUUGGACCAGCGAGUGCCCUACACCUUCUGCAGCCAGAAAUCUCCCGGAAAUGGGAGCUUGGGCGAAGCGCUGAUGGUCCCGCAGGGGAAGCUCAUGGACCCGGGCUCCCUGCCGCCUUCCGACUCCGAAGAUCUCUUCCAGGAUCUCAGUCACUUCCAAGAGACGUGGCUCGCUGAAGCUCAGGUACCAGACAGUGAUGAACAGUUCGUUCCUGAUUUCCAUUCAGAAAACUUAGCUUUCCAUAGCCCCACCACCAGGAUCAAGAAGGAACCCCAGAGGUCCCCGCACAGAACCCGCCCUGUCCUGCAGCAGGAAGCCACCACUCCCCUACCACCAUGGAGAGCAGUGCCUUUAAUUCCAGGUGAGCCCUGA